AACCACGGCGCUUUGAAACGCAGGGGGACAGGGAGCGAGGGACUUGGAAAUAAAGCGAUUUUAUUCCUGACAUCCAGCUGUGGGUUCUGCAUAGAUUUUACUCAAAGGCAUCAGCUGUGUUUAAAGUUUCAGGGUUUGAUUCGCGAAGUUGCAUUUCAUAGUGGUCUCGACAUGGAAAGGGAGACAGACAGGUGUUGUCUUUUAUCCGUGACUUACUAUGCAAAUGGUAUAAUACAGUGGAGAAUGAAUGUUGUUUGCCUCUUUGAAGAGUAGCAUUUGUCCCUAGUGUUUCUCGCUUUUCAGUGAGGUAAUGUCUUUUACUUCCUAGUGUCUGCACGUGUGUAGGCUUUCCAAACAGUUCCAUCUGUUUCCAGCAGAAGCCAUGAAUGUACAUAGCCGUGUACAUAUGCUGGAAGACGGGCAGACCUACUGAACUGAAGUUUUCAAGACAAAGUACUAACGCAGAGGAAUAACAGCAUUAGCCAUUAACAUGCUCUGCAGACUUAUUCCUUUAUUUCUUUUUCUCAAAAGGAGUAUGUAUGAGCUUGUAGCAAACUUGCUUAUUCAUGUUAUUAAGAGUUCUCUUGAAGCUCUGUGAGUUUAUGACAGGUGUAUGGAGAGUCUGUCCACUCAAAUAUCAGAAGCAAAGCAUGUCCAAUGUGCAGUGAUACAUAGUCUGUCCAUGGCAUGCUGUCUAGUGUAGGAAUUAAAUCAGAGAUUUCUCUUAAAUAAAUUUUUACUAAGAUUAUCAAACAAAAAGCAUUAAUGUUUCUUAAAAGUUACACCUCUCUGCAUCAAUUGAUUGAUCGUUGUGAUUCUUCUCACAUCCCUGAAGAUAUGUGUUAAAGUUGUGUAAAUUACUGACUCAUAUAAUGCUGAAUAAUUUGUUAGAGACCCAGCCAGUGCUUCGCCUCAGAAAAGAUCAGGCUAGAGACUUCACCUUUACCACUAGGCGGCUCAUUGGAAUUGUCACAGAGCUCCUCUGGAAGUGAUUCUUGUUACUGAUCAAGUUUCCUCCACACAGUGUUAAAUGCAUCUACAGUUCCUCCGAGGCAGCCUUACUGAUGGCUUAGAUAUUUAUCUAAAUUGGUGUGACCCUCUACUUUGCUGAGCAUAUAUGAAAUUUUCUAAGAUCAUCAAUAUUCAGGUCUCUGCUAACGCUCUGAAUCAGUCUUUUUGGUUCCCAUUGUGGGAUCUAAUAUAUGUCUUUAACACUGUGAGCUAAAUUUUAACGCUGAGAGUAUGAUCCUUUUGCUAAUUUAUUUGAAAAUGGGUUUAUAUAUGAACAAUCAAUAUGCUUCCCAUUGGGAGAACAGUUUAAAUUCAACAUAUAUUUAAUAUUAUUUGGGACAAGAGGAAGUUGAGUCUUUUCGCAUGAAUAUCAUCAGAAGAACACUUUAAAAGCUUCCGUUGGCAGAAGCUUAUUGCAGGUUGAGUGGAGAGAAGUGAGACUCCUUGCUUUUUGUUGCACAAUAUUACCACUCCUAGUGCUGCCUUCCAGGAGAAUUUCUUCUAUCCUAAUAAAUUUUAUCUGUCCUUUAGUCUACAGUAAUUCCUAAGGUUAAGGAAUUAGAAACAUUUUCAGUGUGAUUUUAUGUUCUUGAUUUUUAUCGGUACUUGAUUUUAUCUACUCUACGUUUUUCAGAACUCUGAACAGCAAGGAAAUAAGCUUUGGAGAGAGUGAGUGACUCCAGCUCAGAGAAAACAAAAAUUUAGAUUAUGCUUCUAGUGUUGUUCAACAGAUGUCUGUGUAAAGACAAGGGAAUACACUCGAACAGUAUGAAUAUAAUUUCCCACAGAGGCAAAAAGGUAUUGGGGGGAAGAUCCACAGACCCUGACAUAAACCAGUCGGAAUUCAGAUCUCCACAUAAACUGUUCUUCAUUCUCUUUUCAAACAAAAUUAGUACACCUGCGUCUUUGGAUCUUAUUUCAGAUUACAGCCCUGAGACAAUCUCAUCAUGCAGCUGUGACACAGUACUUGGCACAAGAGCAAGGGAGAGAGUGCCACAGGUAAGUGUCCUUAGUGAGAAAGAAACUGCACAGGCACAAUCAGCCAGCACAGAUGGAGUGUAUCUGGGAAUGCAACACCAUAGGGCAGGAACCACAAACGUGAGAGGUAAAUACUCUUCAUCAGUAAUUCCCAAACGUAGGGAUUCAUAAUCAGUUCAUGUAGGAAUGAGGAACUCCACACACCUCACAAACGCCCUCUACCGAGAAGUUGUUCUGACAGAAAAAAACACUUCUUUCCCACGUUUGUGCAGCUCAAGGCACUUGAUAAUUCCAGGGCUAAUUCCAGAUUUGCACAUCACAACAAGCUUUGUGUAGUCCCAUGAAAAUUCAAGCAUAUCUGCCACCAAAACUACCUGCAGUAAGAAGACUUUAUUCAGUAUGUGUGCUUGCACAUUAAAUGAAAACUGGGUUCAAAUGCAGCCCUGGAAGUGAUCAUGUUUGAAAGCCUGAUCAUCAGUCACACAUUAAAAAGAAACAUGGCAACAACCAAGGAAGAAAUAGUAUUUGAUUUUAAACACUGAGCACGGGAACCAAGCCUUUCAAUAAAUUUUGUAGUAUCACACCUUAGACCAGCAGACACAGCUGGAAAAAGUGGGCAUGCAUUGUAACAGAGAGUGACUUCUUCCAGACAGUCAAAUGUACAAUAACCUUAAGUAACUCCUGUUUUCUUUCUUGUUACUUCUCAAUAGAGGCUUUCUUAUUUUGAUGGAGGGUUUUUUUGGCAGAGAUUUUCAUUUCAGCUUCUUGAGUUAGGGGCUCUAUUUAAAGGACAAGAGGCUACUGAAAUAGAUCAUUUCCCCAGGUUUCAGAAUACAUAACAGGGUUUGCAACUGUUCCUAUGUGGGUAGCUAGAAGUGGGUCCAAGAAGCAGCUGGGAAGAGUAGGCAGAGUCGAAGAAAGGCACGGAAGGAGACGAGGUCUCUCUAGCUCGGUAUGAAAUACUCCAUGUUUGGAGUCAAGGAGGACAACUGUUCAGUUUCUAAGAUCCCAUCUCUAAGGCCAGACCUCAAACUCUAAGAUUAGACAUUCAAACAUCAAGCCUCUACAAUUCUUUUACUAGUAAAAUAGCACUGGAAGUUAAACAUCUCAUAGGCAUUGCCAGUGCACUCCCUGGGAGAAGCUGAUAUGAGAAGAAUUAUUCUAAAGAUAAGAAUUAUUGUGGAUUUGUGUGGAGAAUGUCACAAAUAGCAUAAGCUAGAAAACUAAAUAUGUUUAAAAGAGAAACACUAAGUUCAACUAUGGCUGCUCAGGGAUAAGCUAACUAACAUAAAAUAUGUCUGAUAUGUGCCAUGUAGUCCUUUCCUCUUCAAGGCUCCAGGGAACAGAAGAAAUACCUACAUUCUGUGGUUAAUGCUGGGCUCUGUCUAACACCAGUACUAUAUCCCUGGAGCACUGGGCUACAAGCAGAAGUUUGUGGCCUCCCAAGCCUGGAAAGCUCCAACAAACACCAAUAUAGAAAUUCUUCCUGUUAAGUUUGUAUGGCUGGGCAAACCAUGUGUAGAAAAGAAUACUAGUGAUUCAUCAUGUGUAUUUCUUAAUUUUUUUAGAUUAAAUUGACUUUGAAUUAAUUUUAAAAAAAAGUGAGGAAGAAGCUGUAUUUAUGACACAUCUUCCCAUAUUGCGUGGCAUGGCUGAGCCAUAUCCCUAUCCAAUAAACCUAGACACUAGUCCACCCCUCUCAGCUCUCAGACUUUACAUCCUGCCUCCUAUUUUUUGUGCCACACAUAAAUCAGCAGUGAGGAGGAUCUGAGGAAGUCACCUGACUCCUAAGACUCCUGGCCUAGCAGAAGGUGAAGCAACCUCCAUCUCAGAUCCAAACUGAAGUGCAGGCACCAGUCCGCAACUGAUAGAGGCCUCCACUGGACCUAAGCUUCAACACAGGGAACUCUGCAAAGCAAAAUGGAAAUUCAGGUGCUUCCAACAUUAGACAAAGCUGGAAAGCUGUCAGAAGCAGCUGCUCUCCAAUAUUUAGCAUGCUACCUCUCUUUUUGCAGAAAAAAACUUGUUUUAUUGAUACCAAUUCAAUUUUUUGUGCCAUUUUCUCGGUGCUGUUUCUUUCAUGGCACAAGGGUAAUAGGGGCCACUGCAUUUAACCAUUCUAUUAAAGCAGUGAAUUGGGUGCUUAAUGUUAAACACACAGUUCAUCCCUCCAAACACAACUGCAGCUUUAUGCAUGCAUUUAGAUUCCAUUUGUUUUACUAUGAUUAUUCAGUAGGACUCCAACUCAUUAAAAGGUUAAAGAGCACAUAGCUGAGUUGCCAACUUGAGUCGAAAGACAGGCUUAGGACUGACUUGGAAACAAGUGUGAUAUCAACAUCUUCCAUGCCAUUUGUUUGUGAUAGACAAUUAACAGACAGCUGCUUCUAUAGAUUCAAAACAAAUACUGAUUUUCUGUCAACAAAGUCCCACGGAAUGGCUUGAGUUUUGUCAGCAGACUGCAUUCAAAAGGACUGCACAAUGCCAACUUACUCUACUUCCAUCUCAAGUUAUCCUCCUAAUGUGGUGUUGCAAAGCACAUUAUUGAACACACAUGACAAAAGAAAAACAUUGCUAUUAGUUUCUCCUAGUGUGAAGAUAAUGGGAUUCCUGUGCUUGAUCUCACAUGGUAGGUAUUGAGCCACUUCAGAGAAAGUGACGAUUUUAUUGUGGGCACAUUUAUCACACUCAGGGGGGUUUCAGUGCAGACGCUCAUGGGGUUUGUACUGGGUUUAUUUGACGACCUCUCCAGAAUUUUAUUUUUUUUUUUUAGUUCAGUGCAGCUGUAUUCCUUAUGUGUUCCCAGAACUAAAUCAGGGCAUUGCCAGAUAACUCUUCUUUUAGCAUCUUUAUCACAGGACAGAAAUUCAAGUUUCCAUAGUGCUGUUUCUGAAGUUCUACAGAGAAUGAUUUGAUUGUCUUAGAUUAGAUGAUCUAGUCAGGUAAGUAAUUACAUGAUCCUCACCUAAAAAUAACAAGAUACAAAGUAGCAUUUGUAUAGUGCAGCUUUUUUACCUAAAAUGUGUUCUUAAAUAUUGUUUCUGUCUAUAGUGGAAUCAAAUGCUGACCAAACUUCAUGACUAUUGUGUGUUUAUGUGCAUCAAUUAAUGUGCAAAUAAUUACACUAUACCAAGCAUAAUGAAAAGCAUGGAAAGAUCUAUCUUCAUUUAGAAACUAGGAAAUUUUCAGUUUUCCUGUUAUUGUAUUUAUAAACAUUUCUGCUUAAAGAGAUCAUAAUAAAUACUAAAACAAGUAUUUUUGAAGUAUAUUCAGCAGCAGGUUUUCAAUAGCAAUUCACAUUUUAAAUAAUGAAAUUAUUGAAAUAUUACUGACAUUAAACAUCUGCACAGUGUGCUGAGCUAAUUUAGUCAUUGCAUACUAUUGUGGGAACAUUCAAAUUACUUUUGGAUGAUAAUUAAGCUCCAGAUAUAUUAUGUACUGAAAAACAAUUCACUGUAAUCACAAUUACUGCAUUUUGGUGAAGGUUAGUCACACAGUCUGGGAACCACAGUACUUUAUUGUAGAUUACAUACCACUAUGAGGCAUUAUUGCUUUUAGUUCAUUCCACAUACGCAAACCUCAGCAUUCACUCUAUGCAGCAGAGCAGAGCAGCACAUUGCAUUAUUAAAAGUUUGGAAACCCAUUCUCGGUGUUACUGAUACAGCACCUUUGUCUGUUUAUCUCCAUGAGAUAAACAGACAUUUCAUUAACUGCCUGAACUAGAAAUUGUAGUAAAUAACAUGUACUUAUUGGAGCAUUUUUCAACAUCUUUGCAACUGAGCUACUUCAGCAGACACAGGGCAGAUUCCCCUUACAAAGGAUGUUCUGAUGUCUUACUACAGUUAUUUUAAUGAUGUCAUUAAUGCAGUCACAUCGAGGUACCUUGUACACACACAACAGCUAAAUCCAUGCAUAAAAUGAACCGUGAUUCCCAUCUCUUCCCUCCUUCUGCCUAGGCUUCCAUGCCUCUGAGCAUUCAUCACAGAGGGAAUAAUGCCUUUUGUUACAUCAGCCUGAAGUCACGCUGCCACCAGUUACAAGGGAGGUUCUCUCAUGAUAGAGGGAAAAGAAUAAAUGCCCCUCUUUGGAUUUGUCGUCUGGAUUUCACUUUCUUGUGCACCCAAAAUACCAAAUAAACUAUUGCGCUCCAGUGAUUGACAAGUUAGCAUUUGCCCCUUACUGGUUUCCUGUCUUCUUCUUCCUCUCUCCAUCUUCUCGUAAAACUCCCACUGGGUUCAGACCACUGAGUUGAGGUACAUCCUUAAGGCUAUUUACCAGCAGGAGUGUCUAGCAUCCGUAUGGGCUCACAUGCCUAGCUCUUCUAGAGAUCUUUCAAUUGCACAUACUGAGUAAGCUGGCAAAUUAUCAAUUGCAAUUAUAGCCAUUAAGUUAUUAAUAGCGAUUUUAGAGUGGUUAAUAAUAUUUAAUUCAAUUGCUAGUUCUUUGAAUUCAGAAUCGUGGACCAACGGAUUCCAAGUCUUUUUGUGUCCUUUCUUUUUUAUUGGACUAAGUUAAAAAGCAGCUAUUAAACUCUGGAUGUUCCGGCUCGCUGGGUGCCGGGUCCUCCAGCCGACGGCAGCCCCGAUAGCGAUGCGCCGGGUUCUUAACCGGGACCGGGGCCGGGCCGGGGUGAUGGUCGGUACAGCGGCGGUGAAAGGCCGGCGUAAGGCAGCGGGGCAGGGGCAGGUGCGCAGCCGGCAGGGGGGCGGCGGUGGCGGCCAGCGCUGCUGACGGUGCUGGCCCGGGAUUAUCGUCCGGCGCCAACCGACCCCGCUUUUGCUGCGCCCCUGCCGGCCCGACCGCGGGGGCCCGCCCGGGGGCAAAGGGCGGAGCGAGCCGGGGCCAGGGCCGGGGCCAGGGAGGGCUCCGGCUCUGGUCGCCGCCGCCCACGCAGAGUACCUUCCCCAGACAUGUCCCCCAACUACAUCCGGAGCUUCUCGGAGGGAUGUCUCAGGCCACCAACGGUAAUUGGCCAAUUCCACACUCUUUUUUUUGGCUCAAUUCGAAUGUUUUUCCUUGGCGUUUUGGGCUUUGCUGUUUAUGGAAAUGAGGCCUUGCAUUUCAGCUGUGACCCAGACAAGAGAGAGGUUAAUCUUUUCUGUUACAACCAGUUCAGGCCUAUAACUCCUCAGGUAUUCUGGGCUUUACAGCUGGUGAUUGUACUCGUACCUGGAGCCUUUUUUCACCUUUAUGCUGCAUGUAAGAGCAUCAAACAGGAAGAUAUUCUCCAAAAGUCAUCCUACACGGGGUUUUAUAUCUUCUCUGUUUUCUUAAGGAUUGUCCUUGAAGUUGUUGCUUUUUGGCUUCAGAUUCAGCUCUUUGGUUUCAAAGUGAACGCAAUCUACAUGUGCGAUGUGGGAGCACUUGAAAAAAAGUUUAACGUUACCCGGUGCAUGGUGCCAGAGCACUUUGAAAAGACAAUUUUUCUUAUUGCAAUGUAUACAUUUACUGUGAUUACAAUGAUCUUGUGUGUUGCUGAAAUUUUUGAGAUCUCAUGUAGAAGGCUAGGUUUCUUAAAAACUCAGUGAGGUCAACCACUCCUACUCAUUUACCACCGUGUCCACCUGUGGUUUUAUCAAAAUUAUUUCAAGCCAUAACAAAAAACAUCUCUUGUCCUCUGUGUAGUGUUGCAGAAGAGAACCACACUCACGAUUACUGCUGCAGAAUAGUCAUCUGACAUUUACUCCUUAUCUAAAAACUACCACAUUAUGUGAAUAAUCUUUGUUUCCAUGUCAAGACUAAAGACAAUAAGAUUUACAAGAGUAACAUAUUUUCAUGACCUGCCACAAACAAUAGUUUUGCCUCCAGAGGAAUGUCUGUAUGUGAAGAGGAGGUAAUUUAUAAAUGUACUGUUAUUCACAGGUUUUCUGAAUGCAUGCGAUGGGGGCUAAUAAGGUUAUUGACCUUCCAAGAAAAACUAUUCCAAAUUUCUUACAUGUUCUUAUGGCUUGAGAAUUAAGCGGUAAUGGUGCAUAAUCUCUGAGUACCAGAAAGCAUUUGAGCAUCUUCCAAAUCAGUGCCACUGUUACAACCUGCAUCUCAGCUCCCUAGGGCAGAGACUCCUGGUUAGAACUGUGGGGACAACAUAUCCAUCAAUACUAGCUUGCUUUGUAGUGGUCCAGCUAGUUUCACGUGCUGGCUGGGAAUCUCCUUUUAUAAGUGAGAGAGUCACAUGGUAUUCUUUGUGCUGACUGGAAUGCCUUACCCUCCUUAUGUUUUGGCUUAAGAUGUAGAAGAUUUUUAAUAAUUUAGUAUGAUCCUGUUUUGAAAGAAGUAAAGACUUAAUUUUGCACAAGAGGCUUAAAAGUGUCAAAAUAAAAUAUCGAAGAUAAGCCUUCUCUAGACCCAAUAAUGACUUGAUUUCAGUGAGAGUUUUGCUUGUGUAUGACUGCAGAAUUGGGCCCACAGAAUUUUUUCCUGUAUGUGUCACACCUAACUGCCUGCUCUGACUAAAGUUGCUAGAAUAACAGCUAAAAAAGAAGUCUGCAUACUAAAAUUGUUCUAUGCAAUAAGUGCAUGUGGUUAGGUUAGGUUUCAAACUUUAUAUAGGUAUCAGAUAUUUUUGUGUGCAACAGUUUCUUCUUAGGGACUAAUAAACAUAUCAAAUUUACAAGUGAUUUCCUUCUGCUGAAGUGAGGUAAUGGAAAUAAAACAGAUUUUAAAACGGGAAAGAAAGGAGGAGGUAGUUUCCUGUAUAAAAUAUGUAAGAAUAGCAAUCAUAACAAUUAGCUAUUUUCUGUUUGUUUUUCAAACAUAAAAACUUGAGGUCCCAGUGACAUUUGGGUCCUUUCAGGAAUAGUUGGAAAAUUCUGGAAAAAUUAUUACCAAAUGUUUUAGCACCAACUGCUACUCAUGCAGUCCCAAACAAGGUUGUAAUCCUCACUCACAAUAGUAGUCCUUGUUACAUAAAUGGAAUUGCAUGAUUUAGGUGUCUUGGAUUUGAUUGAAUCUGGGCCAUUUAAAACAAAGUGGGUGACAAUUAGAUGUGUGAUUUUUUUAAUAUGCUGAUCAAGAACAAGAUGAUAAAUUUCAGUGCAUUCACUAUAUUAAAGCAUUAAUGUUAUUUUUUUCCCUACGAGAAUAAGAUAUAUGUUGUCUUAAACAAAUGUCCAGUCAACACCAUCAGAUUUGUUCAAUAUUAAACUUACUUGUAAGUUAUUUGAUAUUAUUUGCAAGCAUUACAAGUGGAAUAAAAAUCACUGUGCUAACUUCUUGUUUGCAUAAUGUGCCAUGUGCUUUGGUUGAUACAUGUUUAAUUUUUCACUGUAUAUGUCAGUAUCCAUCUGGAAUUAUUCUUUGCAAUUGAAACUUGUAAUCUCAGGUAAAAAAACCUUUUUUUAUUUAUAAAGGAAUACAAUAGAUAGAACUACUAAAAAGAAGAAUUUACUUUCAUGUGCUAGGUACAGUUGUGAUCAAUGGUAUGCAAAUCACAAUCAGAUAUUUGUAUAGUAAUAAAAUAAUUUAAUCACAA